AUGUUCCGUUUUGAUUCUUUUAAGAAAGAGUAUAAUGCAACUACAAAUGAUGCAAUUCAAAAAGAAUCCGUAGUACAUACUAAUGGUAGUUUACUACAACGUAUUACAGCAUCAGGUUUAGAUAAUGCUAAAACCAACUCAACUUCUUUUUCUAUACCUAUACCAAGUAAUUCUUGGGGAAUGAUAACAUUAACUCGUUUACAGAAUGCUGAUGAUACUGAAUUGGAUGACAUUGUUGACUUAUUACUUAAUCAAAACAAGACUAUAUUAUUGUUACCAGUAUCUAUACCAUCUCAUACUUCUACGAUUGUAGAUCGUAGUUUUAUUAUGGAUCAUGUCGUUGUAUAUAAUCAAGAUAGAAAUCAAGUUUUCACUCUUAGUGGCAUUCGUGGUAUAUUUCAAAGAGAUCAGCUCAUUCCAUUAGAGCUUUUGUCUUUAGAGAAUGAAACAGCUAAUUCAGUAAUAGAUGCAUAUAACAAAAAGACUUUAUUCGAUACUUUUGAUUUAGAUCCUUCUUCAAUAAUAACAGAUGAUCAUCUUAAAUAUAAUAUUCUUGCUAGUCAUGUUCAACUUCCACUCCGAGACAAUCAAUUUAUCACUGUUAUGUUAAUACAAAAACCUAUUUUAAAGAAAGAUGUAAUAGACUGGAUAGCAUCAGAAGCAAAAGUUGAAAAAUGUAUUAAUGAGCCAUUAACACUGGAAGAUUCAGCAAGUCCUAAAGUGAAUGAGUUUAUUAAAAACUAUAGAAAGACCUCACACAGAACAGCAGAGAUAUCAAGUAAUAAGUUAUUAGACUUUUUGGAUGAUUUACAAGAGGAAAUGAUGCAAGAGGAAAAUGAUAAAACAGUAAUUAAGCAGAGACUUGAUGUGAUAGAAACGUAUAUUUGUAGCCAGCUUUAUGAUCAACUAUUUGCUCACCCAGAUACGGAUGAGGCAAUGCAGGAUGAAGCAAUUGAAUCACGUAUUGCAGCGCUUAACUUAUUAGAUCUUGACCUAAAGCAUCUAGGUGUCUCUAUUGUAUAUGAUGAUAAUACCAAUUCAACAUUAACGGAUGCCAUUAAAGAAUCAGGGAAGCAGUUACAACUAUUGAAUAAAAUCAGAGGAGCUAAAGAAAAACUCAAAGUGCUUAUAAAAACACACGAAAUUAUUGCAGAGGCUAUUGAGUUACUUGCGAGUCAACAAGCUCAAUUAAAAAGGGAAGAGAAUGCUGAAGAGGUAGUGGAAGUUGUUCAACAAGAAAUGAAACAAGCUAUUUUAUCAACUACUACUGCAAAUGAUAAAGCAAUCACAAAACCUACUUCGUCAGUUAACGCAGACAUUUUAUUGCCCAUUUUGAUUUUUACCAUUGUAAAAUCAAAUCCAACUCAUCUCUUAUCCAAUCUUAAGUUUAUUCAACGCUAUCGUCGACCUGAUGAAUUGACUGGAAGAGCAGGUUAUUGUUUAACUAAUAUAUUAGCGGCUGUUUCAUUCUUGGAGACAACAAAUUUAGUUGGAUUGGGCUUAUCAGCAGACAAAGUAUUUAGUCAUAUUACAGAUUUGAAUGCAACGACUAAUAAAUCUACACAAGCUUCCUCAGUCACCAAGUCAAUGAUGAAAUCUCCAAAUCAACAACCAUCUAAUAAUUCUGGUCUAAAGAUGGUAUCUGAUGUAUUUGAUGGAUUAGACUUAGAAGGUAAUAAGACAGUUUCUGGUAUCAUGGAGCGAGUUAGAAAAGUGAGUGAUGCAGCUCAACCAAUUCUUAAAGAGGGUUUAAGUGAAUUAAAAGAAAUUACUACAAAGUCUUCUUCACCUUCCGUCAAUAAUAAGCUUACUACAAAACAUAGUAGUUCAUCAUCCUCCUUAUCUUCUUUACCAAGUUUUAUUGAAGAUCGUAAAAAUCGUACUAAACAGCAGAAGUCAACAGGAAUAGCGUUAAAUGAAGGCCCUAUAGUGAAAUUCUUGGAAAUGAAGUCAGUAGAUGAACUUAAAAUAGGAGAAGUGACAGAAUUAUUAGUAGAUUAUAAGCGAUUAGCUGCUAUUAUAAAACAAGCAGGACUUGCAUAG